AUGGAAGUUUUCGCGUCAGUUUUAAAUUGCUGUUUUAAAUACAUUGUUUUACCCGUGUGGAUAUUUAUUGUACUCCUGCUGCUGCACAGAGAUCUGAGCAGUUGGGAUGGCCUGAUGGGACCACUUUCUCAUCCAGGAUUGGGCGAAAAUGGAUCUGCCUCAUAUUUAAGUGUUCCAUCUUGGGAAAUCGAUGAGUAUACGCAGGGUUGGCGGUAUUACUUAUAUAACUCUUGGCUGGCGGAGAGAAUUCCUCUAAGACGUUCUUUGCCAGACUUACGUGAUCAUCGAUGCCAGAAGCUUGAAUACGAUGAGGAUUCUGAUGAGAUGAAACCUGCCAGUAUUAUUAUGAUAUUUAGAAAUGAACAGCUCGUAGUACUCUUAAGGACAUUACAUAGUUUGGUGGAAAGGACUCCAAAAUACCUGUAUAUCGAGCUUAUUCUGGUGAACGAUCACAGUGAUACGGACUUUUGGAAUGAUAAAUUAUCGCUCAUCUUCUUCGACAACUAUGUGCACAGGUAUAUUCAUCCAAAAGCUAGGAUUCUUCACCUGCCUGAACAGGUGGGCUUAAUCAAGGCUCGCAAUUUGGCCGCCUCCGAAGCCAAGGCCGAAAACUUGGUGUUCGUGGAUGCACAAGUGGAGUUUACAAAUGGCUGGUUAUCCCCAUUACUUGAUACCAUUGCGGAGCAAAGCUAUACUCUGGCCACUCCCAUUCUUGAUAAUCUGGACGAACAGACUUUAGCCUACCAACGAUCUAUAGAAAGACGAGGAAUGUACGAUUGGAGCUUAACUCGUAGGGAAGUGCCUUUAUCUAGAGCGAGGAGGUCGCACCUUCCUUGGCCCUACGAAGUGGCUGCCGUAAGGACUUCCGUUUUUGCCAUUCCAGCUGUCUGGUUCCAGGACAUUUCGAACUUUGAUAACAAUCUCCGGGGGUUCGGUGCUGCUGAGCUGGAGCUGAGCUUCAAAGUAUGGUGUACUGGUGGUCGAAUAGUUCAAGUUCCCUGCUCCCGAGUUGGGCACUUGCAGCCCAAGGAUGAGGACUACCUAAAACGAUAUGGGGAUCUCCAUAAAAUGGGUGAACAAAAAUCAAGGAACCUGAAACGCAUUAUAGAAGUGUGGACAGGAGAUCUAAAAUCGGCCAUUUAUAAAUACCAGCCACAUCUCCUGAAUAUCUCCGAGGGGGAUCUCAAUGAACCGCGAAAAUUAUAUAAGCAAAAUGAAUGCCAGUCGUUUAAAGAGUUUAUAAAUGAUAUUACGCCGGGUCUCAACCACGUUGCGGCACUAAAUCGUACGGAUUAUGCCUCAGGACAUGUUAAAACCCUUGAAUUUCCCAAAAAGUGUUUGACUAUCAAUGCAAAAAGUCAGAAUUUAUUUCUAGAACGUUGCAGUACAAAUAAUACUCUUCAAAACUGGACACUAACCUAUGUCAAAGAUCUACGCGUGGCUGGUAAUAUUUGUGCAGAAGUGCGUCCCAAUUUGAGGUUGGGAUAUAGCUUUUGCCACAGCCUAGGAGGUCGGCAAAGUUGGCAUUAUGAUUCGGUAAGCAAUCAACUAAUGAGCAAUACAAAGUGUCUGGAAUUUACAGAUGAACUUAAUAUUUUUCUGGCUAUUUGCGACGCCGCGAACGGAAAACAAAGGUGGAUUCUUGAUAAUAUUAAUCUAAGUGUAAUGCAAUCAGCAAAUAUAUUGGUAUAG